ACAGGGGGCGGGGUUUCCCUAUUUGUUAAUCACGGAAGUUUGAUUUUUGCAUCCGACGUGUCAAACUGUCGCCAUUUUCCUGUCAAGAAAGGAAACGCCUUAAAGGAAACAUCGAAGCCGCGGUUUUUGGUUUUCAUUUCGCCUUUUUUUUCCACCUCCUUUUUAUUCGAUACACUUGUUUUUUUCAAGCAGAAAUAAGCGCCUGUCAGCCGCCACCAUGGGAAACGUGUUUGCAGGACUCUUUAAAAUGUUUGGGAAGAAAGAGAUGAGAAUACUCAUGGUGGGUCUUGAUGCUGCAGGAAAGACGACUAUUUUGUACAAACUCAAACUUGGGGAGAUUGUGACCACCAUCCCUACCAUAGGCUUUAAUGUUGAGACUGUAGAGUACAAAAACAUCAGCUUCACUGUGUGGGAUGUUGGUGGCCAGGACAAAAUCCGGCCAUUGUGGCGUCAUUAUUUCCAGAACACUCAAGGCCUCAUCUUUGUGGUGGACAGCAAUGAUAGAGAGCGCUGCGGCGAGGCCCGGGAGGAGCUCCUGAGAAUGUUGGCGGAGGAUGAGCUGCGGGAUGCGGUCCUGUUGGUUUUUGCCAACAAACAAGACCUCCCAAAUGCAAUGAAUGCUGCAGAACUAACGGACAAGUUGAAUCUGCACUCCCUGCGUAACAGAAACUGGUACAUCCAGGCAACCUGUGCCACCACAGGAGAUGGUCUCUAUGAAGGACUUGAUUGGCUGUCCAAUCAGCUCAAGAGCCAUUAAUGAUCAGGGCCUUUGAAAAACCUAAUCUACUGCACGCAGCCUUUGAUUUUUAAGGUGUCGCAAGACUGUUACUUAAUUGUCAGAGCUGCCCUCACCUCAGCUUUUAUCACCUGUGCCAGUGGUGAGGUGGGUCUAUUUUUGUAAAGCCUUUGUGUUGUUUUGCUUUUCUGUUUUGUGUGCAUGUUGAUUUGAAAAUGAGGAAAACUAUUGCACUGUUGUUAAUUCCAGUGUCUCCAGCAGUCAGGCAGCCUUUUUUUUUCAGUAGAUGAUAAAUGGGAGAAAUGGACUUUCAGAGCACAUGUGGACCUCUGCAAUCACAUGACUUUGAUGGUCAUUAACUGUAGCAAGUGAUCACUGGGGUGUUUUUUUUAAAAUAAACAAUAAGCAGAAUAAUACACUGA